AUGUGUUGUGUGUAUUUUUGACUUCUUGUCAACUCUCAACUUCAACGCUGGUUGUUCGACUGACAGCCGAAUCAACGUUGGUGUUGAGGUUAGUUGAAAAAUCGCCCUUCUGGUACUGUGGACAAUGGCUAACGAAAUCAUUCCUUCACUGGCAAUCCGUUCUUCUACGGGAGUCGAAGUAUGGAAGUCAGAUAGACCGAAGGCGCCGUUUGUCCCGGAUACGGCGUUCGCUCGGGACGAAUCGAAACUGUGUCGUGCCAUUGUUUACAGUCCUAAUGGUCGAUUUCUGGCGUGGGCCAACGGUUCAACGGUGCAGAUCAGUACGGUCUCCAACUGGAAGAUCGUGCACAAGCUGCCAAGGCCGAAAGCGUUUUACCUCAAGUUUUCACCUCGAAGCACUUAUUUGAUGACGUGGGAGAUUUACACGGAAAAUCCCAAGGAUGAAGUGAAGGAGAAGCCAAACCUGUUUCUGUAUGAUGUGGCCAGCGGACGGGAAUUGUUCUCCAUCAUCCAGAAGCGCCACGCGGACUGGGAAAUGCAUUGGGCCGCCGAUGAGAGCCUUUUCGCGGUGAUGGUUGGCGGUGAGGUGUUAUUCUAUGAAGUAAAAGCUGAAUCGGCAUUUCCGUUGAAGCCUACCAAGAGGCUGGGUGGGGCAAGAAACGGUGGAGUGUCGGUGUCUCCGGGACCAAGCCCGCCGUUUGUUGCCUUCUAUGUACCGGGAACAAAGGGAGCUCCUUCCAUGUGUCGCCUUUUCCGCUAUCCUAACUUGGAAGCCAAUCAGCCUGUUGCAUCGAAGAGCUUCUUCCAGGCGGACAAGGUGGAGAUGCUGUGGAAUCAGAAAGGAACCGGUCUGUUGCUGCUAACCAGCACCGACGUUGAUUCAACGGGAGUUUCUUACUACGGAAAGCAAGCACUCCACUUCAUGACUACCAAGGGAGACUCGUUCGCUGUUCAGCUCAACACGGAAGGAUCUCUGCAUGCAGUCGCUUGGAGCCCACGGUCAACUGAAUUCUGCGUUGUAUAUGGUUUCAUGCCAGCCAAAGCAACGCUGUACAAUCUGAAGUGCGACGUUAUUUUUGAUUUUGGCACUGGGAACAGAAAUUCGAUCUAUUACAACGAGUUUGGCAAUUUGCUAAUCUUCGGUGGGUUCGGCAAUCUGCCUGGAUACAUCGAAGUGUGGGAUUUAAAUCAGAAGAAGAAAAUAACCGAGCACAAAGCACCGGAUACGACUUUGCUCGAGUGGAGCCCAGUUGGAGAUGUAUUUCUUACUGCUACCACAGCUCCAAGAUUGCGCAUGUGUAACGGAUUUAAAAUCUGGCACCAUACCGGAGCUCUUUUGCAUGAAACCCACUGGCCGGAGAAGCAAGAACUUCUCGAAGUCACCUGGCAAAAGUAUUCGCCGGGUACGCUGAAGGAAAAUGCCAUCUCGAACGUCAAAGUCGAAGGAAUUGCCUCUAAAACGCCCCAGGCCAGCAAGCAAAAAUAUGUUCCACCAGGAAUGCGAAACAGCCUUGGCACAGCUGGCGACUCGACCUCAUCAUCAACGCCCGAACGAGCUCCCAUUCCAGGACUUCCGCCAGGUUACCGUUCAUCCGCACAGCAAGCCAAGGAUAAAAAGCAAAAGAACAAAAACAAACCCAACGCCCAACAAGCUUCAGGACCGGAACAAUCUGGACAAAACAACCGAGCCAUGUCUGUGGGAGCCAACGGCAAACCCGGCGGCAAAGAGCAAAAACCACGUCCAAAAUCUGCCCCCAACCAGAACGCUACGGAAGCCAACGAAGAAGCAACCCAGGAACCGGGAAAGCGCCAAGCUGGAGGGGACCCAGAGAAGGAUAAGAAGAUCAAAAACAUCAACAAAAAGCUGAAGGACAUCAAAAUGCUGAAGGAGAAACACGAACGCGGCGAGAAGCUGGAGCAGAAUCAAAUCAGCAAGAUGAACUCUGAGGCCGAGUUAGUCAAGGAGCUGAACGCGCUCAAAGUUUCUUAGAUUUUUUAAUCUUUUUUUUAAUCAUCCUGUGAAUGGUUUAUCUUGCAACGUAACUGUUGUGUUGCAAGCAAGUCUUCAAUAAAAUGAAACAAAUAUGAGGCAACAUUUAAAAAAA